AGGCCUCCAUACCUUCGUGAUUGAAUGUGAGUUGACUUUGACCGUACCAAAGUGAAGAUGAAGUUGCUAUGGAAACUGCUGGUUCUGCAGUCAUUCCUGGGGUGCCUUGCAGGCAACACACUGCAGAGCCCCAUGUUCGCGAAGCAGCCAGGCAGCAUUGUGUUUCCAGUAGACUCCAUGGAGAAGAACAAGGAGGUGGUUUUUAGCUGUGAGGCGCAAGGUGACCCUCCUCCUUUUUACAGGUGGAAGCUAAAUGGCAGUCUGCUCAACUCUAAACCCGGCUCUCAUCACAGCCUCUCUGGAGGCAACCUUCGCAUCAACCAUCUCAAUAAAGAGGACGCUGGGACGUACCAGUGCCUUGCUUCCAACUCCUUCGGGACUAUUGUCAGCAGGGAGGCCAGCCUAACCUUUGCCUAUUUGGAAAACUUCAGAUCCCACAAGCGGAAUUCUGUGUCUGUCCGGGAAGGACAAGGAGUGGUGCUUCUCUGUGGGCCGCCCCCUCACUCUGGAGCUUUGACGUUCUCCUGGAUUUUUAAUGAGUACCCGUCAUUUGUGAAGCAAGAUUUUCGUCGAUUCGUGUCCCAGGAGACAGGGAAUCUAUACAUCGCUAAAGUUGAGCCAUCUGAUGUGGGCAACUACACCUGUGUCGUGACCAAUACUGUCACCAAGACACGCGUCCAAGGCCCGCCUACUCCUCUGAUACUGCGCAACGACGGUGUUAUGGGAGAAUAUGAGCCAAAGAUUGAAGUGCAGUUUCCAGAGAUCGUUCAAGUGGCCAAAGGUUCAACUGUGCGUCUGGAGUGUUUUGCACUGGGGAAUCCAGUACCUUCCAUAAGCUGGCAUCGGGUGGACGGAGUCCCAUUCGCCCGUAAAGUGGAUGUAAGAAAAACCAGCGGCGUGAUGGAAAUCCCUUACUUCCAGCAAGAAGAUGCGGGCACAUACGAAUGUAUGGCAGAGAACUCCAAAGGAAGAAACUCUGUGCAGGGAAAGCUGUCUUUCUUUGCCUCCCCCCAGCUAAUUGAGAAGCCCCAGGAUGUGCAGAAGGCCAUUGAUGACUCUCUGGUGUGGGAAUGCAAGGCCACAGGGAAACCCAAACCCUCAUACAGGUGGAUGAAAAAUGGAGAGAACCUGGAGCCCACUGAGGAGAGGGUGCAGGUCAUUAAUGGCGCCCUGUCCAUCACUCGCCUGGCGCUCUCCGAUAUUGGAAUGUACCAGUGUGUGGCUGGGAACAAGUAUGGAGAAGUGUACUCCAAUGCUGAACUCAGAGUUAUCGCUGUCGCUCCUGAUUUCUUCCAAAAUCAGCUGAAGAGCCACACUUUAGUCAAAGAAGGCGGCGAUGUUCUCAUUGAAUGCAAGCCCAAGAUGUCUCCUCGAGGCACAAUCUCCUGGCGCAAAGGCAACGACGCCCUCCGAGAAAGCAGCAGAAUUGCUAUACUGGAUAGUGGAAGCCUUCGGAUAUCCAACACCACCAAAGCGGAUGCUGGCACGUACACAUGUGCUGCCCAAAACCAGUUUGGCGAGGCCAGCAGCUCAGGGAACCUGCUUGUUAAAGAGCCAACUAUCAUUACAACUGCUCCGAACACGCUGGACGUUACGGUUGGUGAGAGCAUCAUUCUUCCCUGCCAGGUGUCCUACGAUCCCUCGUUGGAGCUCAAGUUCACCUGGUUUUUCAACGAGCAGCUCAUCCACUUCGGCAGCCAUGGAGGAUACUUUGAAAAAGUUGGCGGACAGCACUCGGCGGGUGACAUCAUGAUCCGGAACAUUCAGCUGAGGCAUGCUGGGAAGUACACGUGUGCAGUGCAGACCAAGGUGGACAGCAGCUCUAUCGCAACAGACCUGAUUGUCAGAGGUCCCCCAGGCCCCCCUACCAGCAUCCAUGUGGAUGAAGUCACAGAUACCACUGCCACUCUCUCCUGGAGGCCUGGUCCUGAUAAUCACAGUCCAGUUACUGCCUACACCAUCCAGGCUAGAACCCCUUUCUCCCUCGGCUGGCAAGCUGUUAGCACAGUGCCAAAGGUGGUCGGGGGCUCGCAUCUGACUGCUACAGUCAUCGAGCUUAACCCCUGGGUGGAGUAUGAGUUCAGAGUGUUGGCAAGGAAUGCAGUGGGCACAGGAGAGCCCAGCAAACCCUCGAAGAAAGCCAGAACUAAAGAAACAGUUCCCAAGGUCACCCCAGCCAACGUGAGCGGAGGAGGUGGCAGUCGAUCAGAGUUAGUCAUCACUUGGGAGCCCGUUCCUGAAGAGCUGCAGAACGGAGCAGGGUUUGGCUACGUAGUUGCUUUCCGGCCCUUUGGUGCCACCGGGUGGAUGCAGGCGGCAGUUCCCUCUCCUGAAGCCUCCAAAUAUGUCUUCAAAAACGAGACCAUUUUACCCUUUUCUCCAUUCCAAGUCAAAGUGGGGGUGUACAAUAACAAGGGGGAAGGACCUUUUGGACCCGUGGUUACCAUCUACUCUGCUGAGGAGGAGCCUGGAAGGGCACCCAGUCGACUCAGAGCCAAGAGUCUUUCAGCGUUUGAUGUUGAGGUAUAUUGGAAAGCCCUUCCCUGGAGCACAAGCAAGAAACGUGUUCUCGGCUAUGAGUUGAGAUACUGGGAGAAGAAUGAGAAAGAAGACACAGCUAGUUUGCUAAGGACAGUAGGAAACCGGACGGUGGCCAUUAUUCAAGGGUUAAAAGGAUGUACCACCUAUUAUAUAACGGUGAGAGCCUACAACACAGCAGGAACAGGACCACCAAGUCCAGCGGUCAACGUUACCACCAAAAAGCCUCCCCCUAGCCAGCCGCCGUCAAAAGUCAUGUGGAAUACAUCAAACUCCAAAAUCAUUCUGACCUGGGAACAGGUGAAACCUCUGGAAAAUGAAUCUGAGGUCAUGGGAUACAAGGUACUGUAUAAGCGGAACCAAUUCAGCAGGCCCAGCAUUAUGGAGACCAACACCACCUCAGUGGAGCUGUCGCUACCUACCGAUGAGGAGUACAUCAUCCAGAUCAGGUCUUUUGGAGAAGGAGGGGAUGGCAGCAGCAGCCGACAGAUCACCAUUCCCAAAAUAUCAGGUCCCAAUGCCAUCGGCUCGGCUUCCAGUGUGUCCACUCUCUCUGCCCUCAGUACAAUAGCUCUCUCCCUCACAGCUCGCACAUCUUUAUGACAGAACACAGCGCGGGCCGCUGACUUCAGUCGAAACGCUCUUCCUCGAGAGAAGACUGAGAAAAGUGACUCAGAACGAUGAAAACUCGUUCAUACAAACCAGAGGACCUACGUGAACGAUAAUACUGGGAUAAAUAGAAAAA